UGCACGUCUGGAGUUGUUUCCACUGAUCUGGUUUAACAAAGUGUGAAGCUGAACUCUGAGCUGUGACAGUGUGAGCAGUGUGAGAGUGUCAGUAGAUGAUCAGCAGAGGAAAGUGAGAGCUGCUGUGAGCUGAUGUCCUGAAGGGCUUUUAAAGAGUCUCUGAGUUUGACAGGAACAUGAAGAUGUUUGUGGUGUUUGUGAUCCUCCUGCACGUUUCCCAGCAUGCCCUGGCUCUGGUGGUGGAGGUGAAUGAGGGGGAAGACUAUGUCCUGCUGCCCUGUCAGUACUCCGGUAUCAUACCUGAGACAAAUCCCACUGUGACAUGGACUCGCAAUGAUCUUGAUCUGAAAUCUGUUCACCUACGAGGAGAAGGAGGAGAUGAUCUUACAGGACAAAACCAGCGUUACAGCAGACGCACAACAAUGAGGUCUGACGCUCUGGACACUGGAGACUUCAGCCUCACUCUGAGAAAACCAACAAAGACUGACAGCAGCAACUACAGCUGCUCCAUCAGUGAUGGAGGAGAGGAACGGAGAGUCAUAGACAUCCAGCUGAAGGUCAAAGACCAGCAGGUGACUGUGAAGGUGGUAGAAGGAUCGCAGUCUGCCAUCUUGCCCUGCAAAACGACAGCUGACCUCUCACAGGAUGCCACGGUUGAGUGGACUCGCUCUGAUGUAGACUUCAUGUUGGUCCACGUGUACUCAAAGACACGUAACACCAUCAGGGAACAGGAUGGCUUUUACAGAGUCCGAACGAUGAUGAAUGAAGACCCGCUGAGAACUGGAGACCUCAAACGAUCUUGGGCCAAAGUUCUAGUUGCUCUCCUGGUUCUCCUGGUUCUUGUUGUGGUUUCUGGAGGUCUUUUAUAUCAUUUCCGGCACUUUUUCAUGUCAGAGCCGUGA